CAUACACAGAAUCGGUUUCUUGCCCAAUGACCGAGCAAUGGCUCUUUCAGACAUUGAUCAGCGACAAUCCAGCUCGCACGCCGCGAAAACCAGGCCCACUGAUCCUCACCACCGGCGGUCUCGACCCGGGCCAAUGCCUGUGGGUGGACUUCUCGCCCACGGCCACGCGGAGCCUCUUCCGCGGCUUCGCGCGAGGGCUGCCGGUCUGGGCGGGGCCCGUGCUGCCGGAGAAGGCGCAUCUCUCCUUCCGCGCCUGGGAGUCCGAGGGAAGGACCUACUACGAAGACCUCAGCACUGGCUCCGUGACUUGGUGCUUGCCUGGGGUUGGCCCCAGCGCGGAGGAUGUGCCCAGCACCUUCCUGCGCCCCGGCUGCGCCGUGGAGCUGCGGAUGGCCAAGUGGCCGCUGCUGGAGUCCGCGGGCGGCCGGGUGGUGGCCUUCUUCGAGGGCAAGCGCGUGCUGGUGCAUCUUCCAGACUUCGCCAUCGACGUGCUGGUGCCUCUGGAGAACCUGCGGCCCCUGUCCCGAGGGCGCCUGGUGAAGUUCACUCAUCCCAAGACCAAUCUGGAAGCCUACGGCGUGCUGCGCCGAGCCGCGCAGCACAAGGUCACCGGAGACUUUGUCUACGACGUGGAGGUUUCAGACUCAGGCGGCUUGGCCAGCUUGACGGUCUGGCCCGGCGACGUCGAUGCCGGGAAGUUCGUGGGCAUGAAGGCUUCGCCGCCGGAGGAGUACCUGGUCUACACUAAGAAUGAGCAGCAGGCCUUCUUCCUGAGUGAGGGCGUGGUUCAUGAGUUCUCCAUCCACUUCCCCCUGAGCUUUCAGAGCCUCAACCAGAAGCUCGACAUGGGACAGGUGGCUCAGUGGCCUUUGCUGGUCUACCUCCACGGCGCGGGGGGCGGCAGCUUCCUGUCCUACAGCAAGAAGGCGUUGCGCCAGGAAGGAACCAUUUUUGCAGCGGAGAAUUUCAUCAUUAUCUCGCCCCAUUGCAAGUGGAAGUGGAAGCAGCAGCCGCAAGCUUGGGUUCUGGAUCUGAUAGAGGAGUUUGGGAAGGUGCCCUAUGUCGACCCCACGCGGAUUUACUUGACCGGUAUCUCCAUGGGAGGCAUGGGAACCUGGCAGCUGGCGGCCCAAAGGACAUGGCUGUUUGCCGGCAUCGCGCCCAUCGCGGCCUACCACGACCCCGAGCAGCGCCGACAGAUCGCCCAGGCGCUCCGGAGCAUGCCCAUCUUCGUAGUUCACUCCUCUGCGGACGGUACCACCCCGCUGGAGCCGGAAAAGCGGCUCUAUGAGGAGCUGCAAAGCUGCGGGGCCAAGGACUUACGAGUGGACGUGGGCACUUUGGACCAUUGCCAUAUGUUCCAAGCCUACAACAACACGCCGCACAUCUACGAGUGGUUGCUGCUUCACCGGAACGAAGCCUUUCCAGAAGCCCGGCGUUUCACCCCCGACAUGUUCAUGAAGCCCUGACCCGGGCAUUUCCAGCUUGUUUUUAUUGCUUUCGGCUUGUGUUCGGCUUCUGGU